AUGCCGGCGCCGAUGACGCCUCCUAUAUUCAGCCCUUUGCUGCCCACGCCGAUUCCGGCACCGCCUCCGACGCCGACGCCGGCAACAAUCCCCGGGCUGCCGCCAGGUCCUCCGCCCGCACCGAGUCCACCGCCGGCCCCUAUUCCUCCACCAAGGCCAAUUCCGCCGCUGCCUGCUCCGCCACCCCCAACAAUUCCGCCUUCUCCUCCUGCACCAAUGCCUCCACCUGGGCCACCGCUGCCAAAACCUCCGCCGAUUCCGCCCUCGCCUCCAAUCCCUACGCCACCACCAAAGUCAACGCCUUUGACAAUCCCGCUACCAAUUUCAUCUCCUCCUCCAACGCCGCCACCCCCGCCAGGUCCACCUCCAACGCCGGCGCCACCAUAG